AGCCACAAUUCUGGUGUGACUCUUGCCGAUCACCUGUGUGCAAUGUGGUUGCAAGGUACAAGCUACAUGUUAAAGUAAUGGAUUCAACUGGUGAGAUGAAGCUGAUGCUUUUUGAUAGUAUGGCUUCUGAGAUUGUUGGCUGUCCAGCAAACAGUCUCCUUGAUGGAUCUUUCGAUGAGUUUGAGGACCCAGAGAACCUACCUGAUGCGAUCAGACAUUUGACUGGUAAGACAUACCAGUAUCUGGUCUGUGUUGAGAAUGAAAAUGUGUGGAAUGGACUGGAUACUUAUAAGGUAUCCAGAGUUCUUGCUAAUGAUUGUGUUGGAGAGGAAGAUCUACCAGAUGAUUCAAUUGAUCAGACUCAGGGGAGCCUGCUGCUUACCUACUCUGGAGAGCCUUCAGAGACUACUACUCCAUCUUCUAAGAGGAGUAGUGACAGUUCUCUGUCACCAGCUGAUAAUUCUUCUACAACUAAGAAACUUUGUCUUGAGUCAAUCAACGUUGUGAAGAUAAAGCAAGAGAAGGGUGUGAAGACUAAUGAAGAUAAAGUCGAUGGAGUCAAGCUCGAGUGUGUUGCUGUGAAGCAGCAUGAAGAGAACACUGAUGAAGACAAAGUCAAUUUGGACAAGCUCAAGGGUUCUGAUGUUAAGCAGAAGAACAAGAAUAUGAAGUAGUUGACAUCCAACAAUGUUUUUUCUUUUUGGAUUUGUGUUUUCAAUAAGUGGUUUAUGUUAGCAGUUUCCACAUUUGCUUCUGUUUUCUAAAAUUUGGAAUGUUAUUUGGUUUUAUUGGUUUUUCUAUUGGUUUUUCUUACAGUUCAUAUCUAUUGUUUAAUGUUUCUUUAAAUGUUUCUUUAAUCACUGGAAAACAUACAUCAGUGUUCUUAUUAUGUUGGUUUGAUAUUUCUCUAAGAACUUUUUCUUAAUUUUAUAAGUUUUUUCAUUUGUUUUUUUCCCUAU